AUGGCGGCAAUCCGAAGCUACUUAGAAGAAGAUCAUCGAGAAUGGGACGCGUGUCUUCCGGAGAUUGAGGUGGCCCUCCGCAACGCGGUCCAUUCAGCAACUGGAGAAGCUCCGUUCUUCACCGUAUUCGGACGACACAUGUUCCUGAACGGAGCCAGCUACAAGUUGGCAAGGAAGUUGAAGUCUCUGUGUGAUAACGAAAUGUCUGGGAUGAGAACAGCUGAUAAACUCCAACUGAUCCAGGACAAGGUGCAGAAGAACCUCGAAUGUGCAUACGAUCGGAGUCGCCGGCGGUACGACAAAAGGGCUCGUACUUUCCUUGCGAAGCCAGGUCAGGAAGUGUAUCGCCGCAACUUUGCCCCCAGCGAUUUCAAAAAGGCCUUCAAUGCAAAAAUCGCUCGGAAGUUCCUGAAAGCUCGGGUGGUCAAGACAGUCGGCAAUAAUGCGUACGAGCUUGAAGAUCUUCAAGGACGAUCGAUCGGAGUGUACCAUGCCAAGGACAUUAGGUUGUGA